AUGCAGGCUCCUGGCAUCUUUCCAUGGACAGCGCUGUACAUCAUAGAGUGGCAGUGCUUGGUGUACAAUGUAGAUGCACAGGUCCCUGACAGUGCGGGAACAGGUACAGCCUAUUUGUGUGGUGUAAAAGCCAAUUCUGGGACCUUGGGUGUGAGCGCGGCUGCAACAUAUGAAGUUUGUACAAGUGCCAAUGGCAAUGAGGUGACAUCUAUACUUCAUCGAGCAAAGGAAGCAGGUAAAUCUGUAGGUAUUGUAACGACAACCCGCGUCCAACAUGCCUCUCCAGCGGCUGCCUAUGCACAUAGUGCCAGUCGGAAUUGGUACUCUGACAAUGAGAUGACCACAACCAUGAUUAGCAAUGGCUGCAAGGACAUCGCAUACCAGCUGGUGCACAAUACCGAUAUUAAUGUAAUUCUUGGUGGAGGAAGAGCCUAUAUGAGUCCCAAAGGCAACCCAGACCCAGAAUACCCAACCAAUUCAUUAAAUGCAGGCAGUCGAAAAGAUAAUCUUACCCUAACAAAAAUAUGGCAAGAUCAGCGAAAGGGUUCUAUAUAUGUUUGGAACAAAGAACAAUUUGAUGCUGUAGAUGAAGAGACCACUGAUUAUCUUAUGGGUCUUUUUGAACCAAAAGACAUGAAAUAUGAGUUAAAUCGUGACCAUUCCACGGAUCCAUCCCUUGCAGAAAUGACAGAGAAAGCCAUUAAGAUUCUGAGCAAGAAUCCAAAAGGGUUCUUUCUGUUUGUAGAAGAUAACGGUAGAAUUGACCAUGGCCACCAUGAUUCUAAUGCACGAAAUUCGUUGACUGAGGCUGUUGAGUUUGACAAGGCUAUCCAUAUUGCUGGGAAGCUAACAUCAGAAUCUGAAACCUUGACUGUGGUGACUGCUGAUCACUCUCAUGUCUUUACUUUUGGAGGAUACACAGAUCGUGGCAAUAGUAUUUUAGGAAAAGCACCAGGCAUGGCUUCAGAUCGCUUGCCCUAUACCAGCCUUCUCUAUGGCAAUGGUCCUGGUUACAAAUAUGUUAAUGGCUCCAGAGAGAAUAUUACGACUGUUAACAUUGAAGGAGAUUACCAACAGCAGUCUGCAGUUCAACUUUCCUCAGAGACACAUGGAGGAGAGGAUGUGGCCAUCUUGGCUAAAGGACCCCUUGCUCAUCUCUUCCACGGGAUUCAUGAGCAGAGCUACAUUGCCCAUGUUAUGGCUUAUGCAGCCUGCUUAGAACCUUAUAAAGACUGCCCACCAAAUUCAGGUUUACUAAUCUCGUCAUCCAUCAUGUUGCUAUUGACCUCUGUAUGGACUGCCCUAAUGUGGUGAAGACAGACUUAAAGGCCCAUCAUUAUACAUCAUUGCACAAAUCCCUUAAAUAUUCUCUAUACAAUCAUUUUUUAAGGCUAUUGGGAUUUCACAGUGCACUUGAAACAAUGCUAAAGAAAAAUUGUUACCGCGUUUGGUACUCCAAGCUAAUACCACUAGCGUAUAGCUGGGAGAUCUGGGAGAUAUAAUUACUUUUCUGAAGCUCACCUAAAAAUCCCUGCUGUUAUUCUACAAAUAUCCCUCCCCCACGAGUCGCCCUGAUGAUGUGUACAAGCUCAGCAUUCCUGCUAUGCAAAUAUGCAGUACUGAGGUCGUCUGCUCUGAUAUACAACAUCCUAGCCAGAGGGGAGGCAGUGUACAAGUACUGAGGCCGGCUGCCCUGAUAUACAACAUCCUAGCCAGAGGGGAGGCAGUGUACAAGUACUGAGGCCGCCUGCUCUGUUAUACAACAUCCUAGCCAGAGGGGAGGCAGUGUGCAAGUACUGAGGCCGUCUGCUCUGUUAUACAACAUCCUAGCCAGAGGGGAGGCAGUGUGCAAGUACUGAGGCCGUCUGCUCUGAUAUACAACAUCCUAGCCAGAGGGGAGGCAGUGUGCAAGUACUGAGGCCGUCUGCUCUGAUAUACAACAUCCUAGCCAGAGGGGAGGCAGUGUGCAAGUACUGAAGCCAUCUGCUCUAAUAUACAACAUCCUAGCCAGAGGGGAGGUAUAGGGAAUUAUUUCAGACAUCUUUUGUAUUGUCCUAAUCUUGUGUUACUGAUUGUUGGUUUCUAUUCCUAGCUGUAGAGUUGAGAUUCGUUUUUUUUUUCUUGAACUGCUUAGGUUCCGUUUUCCUUGUGUGUGCUGAUUUCUCAGAUUUGAUGUAUGCAUAUAUUUAACCAUUCCCUGCAUUAUGAGUGGUCCGCACUACUUAGGCUAUGUACACCCUAAACUGCCUAUAAAAGGACAUGAUAUGCUUGCAAUAAAUUAGAGUAUUUCUUAGCUGCUUUUAGUGUGCAUGUGU